CGCCAAUAGUUCCAUAAGGACAAUGUUAAAAAUUACCGUUUAUAACGAUCCCGGUUAUUACGUACAAUCGGUUAUAACGAACUGAAAAAUAGACGCUUAGGCGUAUUUUAUAUACAAAAUCCACCGGUUUUAACGAACGCGCGCGUUGGAACAAAAUUAUUGUACUACAUAUAUCCAUUGUAAACAGUCGUACGAGUGCCCUUAGGAUAUUACACGUUUUCACGAAAAUGAGUCAACAUCCGCCCCGGCAAGAUUUGUUUGCGCCGAAGUUAUUUAUGGCUUUUAGCAAUUAGUCACUCUCCCGCAGUUGCAGAUGCAGUUUUGCUUCCGCGAUACGUGUACAAUGGGUGACAAACAAAAACGGCAAUCGUUUACGUUGCAAGUUAAAUGUGACAUUAUUCGUGAGUUGAUAGGUGGGAAAAAACAAGUUGAUGUGUGCCGCGAAAAAAGCUUGAGCAAAUCUACUGUUGCAACAAUUUGGAAGAACCGGGAUGAACUGUUAAAAGCAUUUGAAAGCAUAAACGUUAAAGUGAAGAAAAUGAGAAAAUCUGUACAUGAUGAGGUGGAUAGAGCUCUGUUAAUAUGGUUUUCGCAACAGAGACGGAAUAAUGUUACAAUAAGUGGUGCAAUUCUCCGAACAAAAGCGGAAGAAUUUGGCAAAAAAGUUCAAGACAACUUCGUGUGCAGUGAAGGCUGGGUUGAAAGAUGGAAAGCGCGACAUAACAUAUGCAGCGGUAAAAUUCUCGGUGAAGCAUCAGAUGUUAAUACAGAAGUGGUGGAUAACUGGAUUUCAACUGUCUGGCCAACAAUUAAAGAAGAGUACAGCGAAAAUGAUGUUUUUAAUGCGGAUGAAACAGGUCUCUUUUUUAAACUUACUCCGGACAAAACCUUAAAAUUCCGAGGAGAAAAAUGUGUUGGCGGUAAAUUGUCGAAGGAGAGGAUUACUGUGUUGGUUUGCGCCAAUAUGUCAGGGACAGAAAAAAGAAAACUUUUGGUUAUUGGCAAGUCCCAAAACCCCCGAUGUUUUAAAAAUGUUAGAAGUCUUCCAGUGGAUUAUCGCGCAAAUUCUAAAGCUUGGAUGACAUCAGAGUUAUUCAUUGAGCACGUGCGAAAAUGGGACGAAGAACUGAAAAGAAAAAAACGCAAAAUUGUGUUAUUAAUUGACAAUUGCCCAGCACAUCCCAAAAUUCAACAAUUGCACCAAUGGACCCUCAAAACCUAUUAUCGUCAUUCGCUGCUAAUUAGGCAAGUGCAAAACAUAGAUUCGGGAAAGGCUGUAACCGUUUCUGUAUUGGAUGCCAUAAAUCUAAUCCACAAAUCUUGGCAGAAGAUAUCAAGGCAAACAAUAAAAAACUGUUAUAAGCACGCAGGAUUUUAUUCUCCCAGUACGGAUGAAGAAUAUGACUCUGAUGACGAUUUACCACUGCACACCUGGCUUAUAAAUCAACAAAGGACGACAACGCCUGGUACUUCUACCUCUGGAAACCAUGGAGUGGCCAUCGAGGAUAAUGUUGUGGAUGAAUUUGUUACUGUGGAUGACUGUGUCAUAACUUCCGAAUUUUUGACGGAUGAUGAAAUAAUGUCUGCGGUAAUAGAAGAAUAUGAGGAUAACAACUCAGACACCGAAGACGAGGAUAGUACGGAGGAUGCAACAGUUACGAAUGCAAGCGCAGUUCAAUGUCUACGUGAGAUUCGAAAAUUUUUACAAUCGCGCGGUGCAUCACAAAAUUUGUUUAACAAUUUAGUUGAGUUGGAAACAUUCGUAGAUAACAUUUGUGCAAACAAUGCAGAAGUUCAGAAAAGAAUUACCGACUACUUUAACCUUACUACAACCUAA